UUCCUCUUCCGGGAUCACUGGGAGACUUCCGGUUGUCAGACUGUGGGCGCAGAGGAGAAAGCGGUGGUGGUCGCGGCGGGAGGGCCUCCUCUGAUGGUUGAGGUGCCCAGGGUUCACCUAGUGGCUCUAGCCUUCUUCGUGAAUUCGAUGCAUCCGCGGCGUCCGGACGGCUUUGAUGGCUUGGGCUACAAGGGUGGGGGCGGCAGCCGGGAGGACCCCGGGGGUAACAGUUUCUCCGCUAAGGUCCUUCAGCUCCACCUCCGACCUAAGUCACUGGUGACCACUCCGCCUGACAUCCGCAGCCGCAACCUGCACUGGGGGGAGAAGACCCCACAUUAUGGCCCGGGAGCGCCUCCACCCCGCUCGGGGGGACAGGCGAGGAGCCCUACCCCGGCAGCUGCAGCAGCGGGCCCGUGGGCUAGUCACGAACAGUUGAAUAGAUUUGCUGGAUUUGGUAUUGGACUUUCAAGUUUAUUUACAGAAAAUGUUUUGGCCCAUCCUUGCAUUGUUCUCCGUCGUCAAUGUCAGGUUAAUUAUCAUGCUCGACAUUAUCACCUCACUCCAUUUACAGUCAUCAAUAUCAUGUACAGCUUCAACAAAACCCAGGGUCCAAGAGCCCUUUGGAAAGGAAUGGGAAGCACAUUUAUUGUUCAGGGCAUCACACUUGGAGCUGAAGGAAUUAUCAGUGAAUUCACACCUUUGCCAAGGGAACUGUCUCACAAGUGGAGUCCUAAACAAGUGGGAGAACACCUUCUACUUAAAGCCCUAACUUAUGUGGUGGCAAUGCCUUUUUAUUCAGCAAGCCUGAUUGAAACAGUUCAGAGUGAAAUCAUUCGGGAUAAUGCUGGAGUUUUGGAAUGUGUAAAAGAAGGGAUUGGCAGAGUGAUAGGAAUGGGAGUACCUCAUAGCAAGCGGUUGCUUCCACUUCUUGCCUUGACCUUUCCUACUGUUUUGCAUGGAGUUCUUCAUUAUAUCAUAAGUUCUAUCAUCCAGAAGUUUGUCCUAUUGGUUCUGAAAAGGAAAAAUGCUCAUAGUCAUCUGACUGAAAGUCCCAGUCCUGUGCAGAGCAUGCUGGAUGCUUACUUUCCUGAACUGAUCGCAAGCUUUGCUGCCAGUCUCUGCUCUGAUGUUAUGCUUUACCCACUGGAAACAGUUUUGCACCGUCUUCAUAUUCAAGGAACACGUACAAUAAUUGAUAAUACAGACCUUGGCUAUGAAGUGCUUCCAAUCAAUACUCAGUAUGAGGGAAUGAGAGACUGUAUCAACACUAUAAAGCAAGAAGAAGGAGUGCUUGGUUUUUAUAAAGGGUUUGGAGCUAUCAUAGUACAAUACACCCUGCAUGCAGCUGUUCUUCAGAUUACCAAAAUUAUUUACUCUACACUGCUUCAAAGUAAUGUGUAAAAUGGAGAUCCAGCCAGCAUUCAUUAGUCCAGGAAACAUAAUCUGGACUCUUAACUAUUAUGAAAUUAUGAGAAAAAAUAUUAAUAUUGGAAAAAAUGGUUAAGAAAAUGAAAUUGGUGGAAAAAAGAGCCCAUGAUGACAAUUUUUCAUUAUAAAACAGAAGUGCUUUAUUUUGGAUCAAAAAUGUCCUAAAUUUCCAAAUCACAACAAAAAAGAACUCAUAAGAUUACAAUGGCAUUGAUGAGCUCUUAACUGCUGGAUUGAAAAAAAAUAUUCUGAACCGAAGCAUUUUUUCUUGUAAUAUAAAAAGGUAAUGGGACAUAUAAUUUAUCUGGCCUCAAUAUUUAUUAUCUGUUUCAGCAUCUAUAUUGAUAUUAGAAUGGCAUCUCAAAGAUAUCAAGUUGGUCAGUUGAUUAUGUCUUAAUAAAAAAGCAGUUGCAUUUAGUUAACCAUGAAAAGGCCAAAAGGAUUCUACCUUGCAAAUUAUGGGAAAAAGCUAGAGAUUGUGUGUGUUUUAAAUGUGUUGUGAAAGUGUAGUUAUAAAAUAAUAAUUAGUAAAGGCUGUAUGUCCAAACAACUUGGUAUUUUCAAAACUUUUUUCCAUAUUAUUCUCCAUAUUCAUCUUAUAUACUUCCUAAUUUAUCCUACUACUGGAUUAGCCUAAAAUGAAACUGAUGGUGUACUUUUUAUUUGUAUCUCACCAACAUUGAAACAUACAGAAUAUGAACUUGGUUAUUUGGUAACAAUGAGGCAGAAUAAAUUAAUUGAUUUCUCCUUGUCCACAGUAGUGAUUUAGCAUUGUCAUUAAUUCUAGUUUUGCCAGCAACUCAGUGCAAAUAUGAUUUACUUGUAUAUGAACUAUCCAGAGCCACUUUUCAAACAUUAACUACACUUGAAGAUAUAGAGGAUGUAGAAUAAUCAUGAAAACUGAUUAUCACUAGUGUCCAUAUUUACAAAUUGUGUUUUGAAAAAUGUCUCAAAAUAUUUAGUUUCAGAGUUACUUGACCUCCAAGAAACAAAACCAAAAUUAAUGUAUUUGUUGCCCUUUGCCUUUCUUAUAGUCAUGUUCAAUGAAUUUUUUUUUAAAUUUAGUCUUUGAGACUUUGCUUAAAACUUUCCAAAUUAUAAAUGCAUACAGAGCAAAGCAAGGCCAUUUCCAUUUUUAAAAAUUUAAUCUGAUGUUUGGAUGAGUACUGAAAAAAUACAUCAUAACCCUGAAAGGGAAUUUGAUCAUAGAUGAGUUUUCACUUUUUCUUAAUUAGUUUCAUGGGAGAACACCCUUUAACCAAAUGAAGGGGUGGAAAACUUGAAGGAAUCAGUUUUAAGUAAGAGCAAAGUUCAGCCUUUCUUCUGAAUUAGCUUGGGUGAGUAAGUCCUUUGCAAAGUAAAUUGAUAUGUAUUAAACUUAUUAGUCAUUAAGCAUUCUACAGUUUAUCAUAUUAAUUAUCCAUAAAUUAAUUGGGAGCCAUUUAACACCUUGAAACCCAUAAAUUCAUGAAUACAGGAAAACUAAAAUAUUCUUGUACUUGCUAAAUGUCAGGGGAAUGGUUACUUGUCAUUAUUAUUUUGAUAUUUAUAGUUAAAUUUACUGAAAGUUUAAUGGAAGCACAUAAACUACAGAAUGUGUUGUAAUAAAAAAUAAUGAUAUACAAAUGGCAUAAAAGUAUGUAAAUCAGGAUUCUCUCUACUGUCUUGUAAGUUGUCCUUGUAAAAUGUGUUUUUUAAAAAAAAUAAAAUAAAAUUGCUGAAGCAUAUACAGUUUCCAUUUUAUGUCAUAUUCAUAGAGGGAAAGAAUAAAAUUAAGAAAUACUG